AUGACCUCCUCAUCGCUUCCUGAACGAAUGAAGGGGCUCACUCUUCACAAGACCGCGGGGGACGACUGGAAGCCGGGACCGGAGACCUGGCACCCUAUCAAGGUGGAAGAGCUCGCCGUACCGACGCCGAAGGAGGACCAGAUCCUCGUCAAGGUCCUCGCCGCCGGCUUCAACCACCGCGACGUCUUCCAGCGCCAGAGCCUGUACCCCGGCACGAUCUUCCACACCGACGCCGUCCCCUCGAUCCUUGGAGCGGACGCGGUCGGAAUCGUCACGUCCCCCUCGCACCCUCUCUCCGGCAAGCGAGUCCUGGUAGCUCCCGCCGUCCACUGGCUCUCCUCGCCUCUCGGUCCCGACGAGCCAGGGAAGCAAUUCGGCAUCUUGGGCUCGGUCAAGCAGAGCGAUGGGCGCGGAACCUACGCCGAGUAUGUUGCGGUCGGAAAGGACGACGUGAUUGAGUGCCCCGCGCACUUGACGAACGAGCAGGCUGCGACGGUCCCGCUUGGCUGCUUGACGGCGUACCGUGCGACUUUCACGAAGGCGAAUGUCAAGAAGGGCGACAAUGUCCUCAUUACCGGAAUUGGCGGGGGUGUUGCUAUCCAGGCAUUGCAGUUCUGCGUCGCUGCAGGCGCGAACGUCUGGGUUACGUCCUCGUCGCCCGACAAGGUCAAGCGUGCGCAGGAGCUCGGCGCGAAGGGCGGCGUCAACUACAAGGAAGGCGAGUCCGCCCACGACUGGCCGAAACAGCUCCAGAAGCACCUCCCCUCUUCCCGCCCUUACCUCGACGCUGUCAUCGACUCUGGGGGUGGACCAAUCGCUGCGCAAACGGCGCGACUGCUCAAGGACGGCGGUAUCAUCGCUUGCUACGGCCAGACGAGCGGGAAGCCUAUUGACGUCUCGAUGGCGGUCAUCCUCAAGAACAUUGAGUUGCGCGGCUCGACGAUGGGUUCGCGCGAAGAGUUCUUCGCCGCCGUUAAGAUGGUCGCCGAGCACAAGAUCCAGCCAGUCGUAGACUCGGUCCUGAACGGCCUCGAGCAGGCAGAGGAAGGGUUCCAGCUGUUGAAGCGCGGCGGGCAGUUCGGAAAGGUCGUGAUCAACAUCGCGAAAGACGAGCCGUCGAAGCUUUAA